UAAGAGCGAGAGAGGAAGCGUCGACUGGGGAUGGUGACUUUCUGAGUGCGUGAAGGUGAAAAAACUGAAGAAAACCAUUACUUGUUUGCUUUCUCCAACACCGCAUCUAAAACGGACACAUAACGCACCCAGCCUGCCUGCCUCUCCCUCCCUCCCUUAAUAUUAUUGAACUGAGUCAAUGCUAGAUCUCCUCCCCUCCUACUAAUUGCAUAGUCCAUUCUCUAUUGGCGGUUGUUAAAUUCCUCUUCUUGACUAUUCAAAAGCGAAAUCGCCUCGUCUUUUUCUCUGCUGUUUCCUUUAUUUGGUCUCUCCAUCCUCUCCUCUCCUUUCCUCUCCUCUCCUCUCCUGUUAUUCUCGUUUUGAGAAUUGGGAGAUCUGUUUAUUAGAAUUUCAAAUUCUCGAAAUUAAUUGAGAAAAAGAUAAAAUAAUGGAGAGCGAGAACAAGAAGUCGGCCGUGUCGGAUGUGGGAGCCUGGGCAAUGAACAUCAUCAGCUCAGUCGGUAUUAUCAUGGCCAAUAAGCAGCUCAUGUCUGCCAACGGUUAUGCUUUCGGCUUUGCCACAACCCUAACGGGCUUCCACUUUACUGUAACGGCUCUUGUCGGCCUCGUUUCAAAUGCUACUGGUCUCUCUGUAUCAAAGCACGUCCCUAUGUGGGAGCUCCUCUGGUUCUCCGUUGUUGCCAAUGUCUCCAUCACUGGCAUGAACUUGAGUCUCAUGCUUAACUCUGUCGGAUUCUACCAAAUUUCUAAGCUCAGCAUGAUCCCAGUGGUUUGCAUAAUGGAGUGGAUCCUUCACAGUAAACAAUACUCCAAGGAAGUCAAGCUAUCUGUUCUUGUUGUGGUCAUAGGUGUUGGUGUUUGCACUGUCACUGAUGUCAAAGUUAAUGCCAAAGGUUUUAUAUGCGCCUGUUUAGCUGUUUUGUCCACCUCUUUGCAACAGAUUACUAUCGGUUCCUUGCAGAAGAAGUACUCAAUUGGAUCUUUUGAGCUGCUGAGCAGGACCGCACCAAUUCAAGCCAUCUCCCUCCUUAUUCUUGGUCCAUUCAUUGAUUACUACCUUAAUGGAAAAUUCAUCACAAACUAUAAGUUAUCUUCUGGUGCCAUUUUGUUUAUAAUUCUUUCAUGCUCCCUAGCUGUGUUCUGCAAUGUGAGCCAGUACCUCUGCAUUGGAAGAUUCUCAGCUACAUCCUUCCAGGUUUUAGGUCACAUGAAAACAAUCUGCGUUCUCACACUGGGGUGGCUCCUUUUUGACUCUGAGUUGACUUUCAAGAACAUUAUGGGGAUGUUUAUUGCAGUUCUUGGUAUGGUUGUUUAUAGUUGGGCAGUGGAGGCUGAAAAGAGGUCGAAUGCCAAGACUACAUCAUAUACAAAGAACAGUUUGACAGAAGAGGAAAUCAGACUUCUGAAGGAGGGAGUGGAAAGCAUGCCUCUGAAGGAUGUGGAACUUGCAGAGUCCAAGGAGUAGGCCUGCUUGCAAUUGGCUGGGAAUAUAGGUAUUUUUAUUUCUUUCACUUCAGCAUGGUUGGCAUCUUUGCCUCAUUUAUGGCAUUGCAAGACCGGUCUCCGUCGGCUGACCAUCCUCAACACAUAAUCUUAGAAAUUGUGUUCUAUCUCUGUAAACCAUAUGUUCUUUUAUUAAUCAUUGCUUUUCAUUUAAAUUAUUUUUUUGUAUGUGGAAAGAGAUUAGCAGUGGAACCAAGAUGUGAUGAACUGUAAACCAUAUAUAUUAGUAAAAGAGCUCUUGGUAAGCAAUAGAAUUAUGUCUUCCGAUAUAAA